AAUUUGCUAUUUGGACCUCUGGAGGAGGACCGAAGGUACAGAAAUCAAGUAUGGAGUCAGUGGGAGUGAAUGUGAUCAAAACAGUGGCUCUUGGGAGACCCUUCCAGCUCGGCAUGCUGUAUGACUGCAGAAAGGACGCCUUCAUACCAGGGAUCAGACUUUGGGAUAAAGAACAGCUGAAGCAAAAUACAUGCAGUAGUACCCAGAUUAACACAGGAUUCAGUAUCACAGCUUCAGACUCUAUUCAGGACAAAUCUAAAUUAAUGAAUGUUGACAGUGGACUCAAACUGAGUCUUUUAGGUGAUCUCAUCCAAGUUAGUGGAGCAGCGAAAUAUCUCACAGACACCAAGACGUCUUUCCUACAGCAGAGACUGACACUGCAUUAUCAUUCAACCAGCAGGUUUGAUGAACUGACCGUGAAUCAGUUGCCUCCUGAAAAUCUUCCCGACGAUGAUAAUGAUAUCGCCACACAUGUAGUGACGGCAAUACUGUAUGGAGCAGACGCCUGCUUUGUGUUUGACAGAGAAGUUUCAUCUGAUGAUGACAAAACCAAAGUAGAAGGAGAAGUAAAACUGGUCCUUGAGAAACUGCAGGGCAUCAUUGCAGUAGAUGCAAACGUUGAUUUCAGCAUGAAUGACAGUCAGAAAUCUGCAAUCAGCAACUUCACUUGUACAUUUUACGGCGACUUCCAGUUACCGUCUAACCCGACCUCUUUUGAAGAUGCAAUGAAGGUUUUUGCUGAUCUUCCAAAACUGAUGAAAGAAAAUCAAAAACUCCUGGGAGAAAAGCAAGACCUUGGGGUUCCUCUGAGAGUUUGGCUUUAUCCUCUGGACAAACUUCACUCAAGAGCUUCAAAGCUUCAGAAAAACAUCAGCAUGGAUCUAAUCAUGAAGAUUGAAUCAGUGAUUGAGAGUUUAAAUACAGCUGAGAUGAAAUGCAAUGACCUUCUGAAAGACUCUCCUGCUCUGAUGUUUGCUGCAUUUCAUGAUAAAAUACUGGAAAUGAAGGAGAACUGCUACACAUACAAGUUGAGACUCAUGAGUAAACUUGGCUCUUUGCUGCCAAACAUCCGUGGGAAUGUGAUAAAGGAAACUGCACUGAAUGAUCUUCUAAAAGAGCAUGAUGACUCUCCAUUCAGAGGAAGUGACCUCAAAGAAUGGCUGAAAGAGAGAGAAAGAGAGUCUGAGAUCAUUAAAACAGUCCUCAGACAGCUGAAGGAUGCUGGUGCAGAGGUAGAAGUCAACAUAGAUGCCAUCUUGAUGGAUCUGGAGAUUGGAAAUCUGGUCAGUUACACGUUCACAUCAUUGAACUGCUCAGACAGGCUCCUUCUUAAACAAAAGGCCAAUCUGAAUCCUUCAACAAAAGAAGAAACUGAUGAGAAACAUCCUGAUUUCAAGCAGAAGUCUUGGCUCAGUACUGAGAUUAAAAAGACUAUGAGGAGAAACUUGAUGAUUUUUAAGAAUUUGAAAGAUUCAAAAGACCGUAAAGCAGCCAAGUUUAUUGUGUCAUCAAAGGAAAUGGAGAAUAAUGCUGGUUCCUGCAUUCUUCUGUAUAAAAAUGGAUGUGAUGAAGCUGUUUGCUUUACUCCUCCAUCACAGCCUGUUUGUCCAGUCAUUGAAGAGGUCAAAGGUGAGAAGGUGGUUCUGAAGUUUCCUCCAUCAUCAUGUCCUGCUACAGUGGAGCUCAGAUUACUGUAUAAACCGAAGGAAGAGAUAGACUGGACAUCUAAACCUCUGCUGAAGGAUCAACACACAGUUACUCUGACUGAUCUGAGAGAAGAAACUGAGUACGAGAUCAAAUGUGCAGCGCUGGGGAAACUCAACUACACUGUGUACAGUGACGUCAUCCAUCUACGGGUCAUUGAGAAGAAGAUCAUCAUGGCAGCAGAUUCUAUCAUUGAACAUCUGAGCUUUAAUGAAAACAAGUGCAGUGAACUUUUGAAAGACACCAGGACAACUGCAUUUACUGUCUUUCACAGGAAAAUCGAAGAUAUGAGGAGGUACUGCCAAAUCUACAGACAAAAUUUCGAUAAGACUAUUUAUUCGUUGAUCCAAUCAGUUCAAGCCUGUGAUGAAGAAACUUGUGCUUUGACCGGUCUUCUACAAGCUCACAAUGAGUCUCCAUUUAACACUCAGGAUCUUAAGGAGUGGAUCAGAGAGAAAGAGAAAGAAUUAAACACAGUUGGGGAGUUUCUUCAACAAUUAUUGGACUUUGGAGCUGAAUUGAACACAAGCUUAGAUACAGUCUUAUCAGAUAUUAAGGUGGAGAAUGUGGUUUGCUACACGUUUAGUUCUAUUGAGCAGACAGAGAAGUUGCUUUCUGAACAAGAAAAUUACCUUAAAUCUCAAAAAAUGUGGAAGAAUCCAGGAUCGACUCUGCGAACAUUGACAUGGUUCACUGGAAACAUCAGGGAGAAAAUGAGAAAAAAUGUAAUCAUGUUUAAGGAGCUGAUGAUGUCACAUGACAGUCAGUCCACUAAAUUUGUUGUUUCCUCAAAAGACCUCAAAAAUGAUCCUGGUUCCUGCAUUCUCCUGUAUAAAAAUGGAUGUGAUGAAGCUGUUUGCUUUACUCCUCCAUCCAAACCAGCCUGUCCAAUCACUGAAGAGGUCAAAGGUGAGAGUGUGGUUCUGAAUGUUCCUCCAUCAUCAUGUCCUGCUACAGUGGAGCUCAGAUUACUGUAUAAAGCGAAGCAGGACACAGUCUGGACAUCUAAACCUGUGAUGAAGGAUCAACACACAGUUACUCUGACUGAUCUGAGAGAAGAAACUGAGUAUGAGAUCAAAUGUGCAGCACUGGGGAAACUCCACUACACCGUAGACAGUGACGUCAUCAGAGUUACAACAAAGAGAGAAAACAAGGACAUUGGAAUUGCAGAAAGAAUACAGCAUCUAUUUCAGAGACAUCACAUUGAAGUCAGACACCUCAACAAACUGAGAGCUGCAGAUGUUCUUCAGAUAACUGUUCAUUCAUUACAGUCCCAUGAGUCUUGUGCUGAAGAAGAGCUGAUUCAGACCUUCAUACAAAAACUACUGAUGAUGAACUACAGACAUAGAUACAUCCAUGUUAGAGAUCACAAAGAACAGGAUCACACACAACAAAUAGACUAUAAACUAUCUGAAGAUGAGGGUGAUAUUUUUGAAGCAAUCUAUUUGUCUAAUAAAAGAACCAGUCAGUCUGAUCGAAUCCACCUGAUGGAUGUCCAGAUGGCCGUGUUUCAUUGUGCUGAUGGUUUCCUGAAGCAGCUGAUGGUCACUAAACUGUCCCAGUGUCAGUACGCUCUGCCUCUGCUUGUUCCUGAUCCAUUCACACAACAGAUUGAGUUUCCUCUCUGGACAUUCAGACCAAUCCACAAGAGCUGGAAGAUCAUAAAACCCAACUAUGAGAUCAUCAGUCAAAUCCAGCCGAUCUACAAGAUACAAACUCCAAUGGUGUUUUUCUUCAGGUUUGGCUCUGUGUCUUCAUCCAAGUCUCAGCUGAUGAACAGUCUGAUCAAUGAGAGACACAACACGUUCUUCCACAGGAACUGCCCAGGCAGCAGCAGAACCAGAGUCCUGAUGGAUGGAGUGGUGGAGAUCGCCUGGUUCUGCCCCUCUGGAACAAACACGGAUAAAUUCACUGAUUGUGUUUCGUUCUGUAAUCUACACGGUGAUGCAGGAGACCAUGAGAAACAGCUGCAGAUCCUCACUGAAAUGAGCUCAGUCAAUGUUAUUCUUCUGCCACGACUGGACAGGAAUUACAGAAGUGCAGCAAAGAUCCAAAACCUGUUCAGAAACAGAAAGUCACUUAUUUGUCUUCUCACUGAGGAUGAGUCUGCUGUAACUGAGAUGAAGAAAGGGAAUUUCAAGAUCGGUCUGAAAGACAGAAAUCAGUCAGAAGUAUCUGAAGAACUCAGAAUAGCUAUAAAUGAUUGUUUGUCAGAAUCAUCUUCCACUUUCAGACUUGAAGAUGUGUCCAAACACUCAGACAUCAGAGUAGAUGAGGAAGAUGAUGAAGACUGCCGGAGAGGAAGAGAAGCAGCACAGCAGAUGAUGAGUUUACUGGACAAUAAAAAUCUGACAGAAAUCAAAGAGUCAUUUCUGCCUCAUCAGGGGAAACUGUGGCAUCAGUGGAGUCAGAAGAACAAAGAACUACAUCGACCUCGAGGAGAUGAAAUAGAAAGGGAAAUAAGUGGACUACAAACAGUGAUGAGGAAAAUCCGUCAACAGCAGCAUGAAUCUGACAUCAGUGAGUUUAUGAGGAUCUUCAUUAGACAAAUAAACUCAAAUGCUGCAAAUAAGUUGUUUUUCCUCAAAUGGCUCAGAAUCCUCCUGGAUGAAUAUAUAUCAGUUGAUCUUUCUGCUCUACAUCACAAAUAUGAUGAAAUGUGGUCAACAGUCUUAAUACUGAAAAAGUGUUAUGAUAAAUCUGAACAACUCAGAUCUAAAAAAGCAGAACUUGUAAAAAUAUCUAAAGAACUUCAAGCAGCAUCCUUUGGUCUGGAGCACAUCAUGAGGGAGAUCGGUCAGAUCUAUGAAUCAUGUUCAUCUGUGAUGAAGAACAAGAAAGACCUGCAGGUUCACUUCUCUUCUCUCCCGAGUCUUGCAGCACAGAUGAUGAUCUCUGGAUUUCCACUGGAGCUGAUGGAUGGAGAUGCUGCUCAUGUUCCUGUGGUCUGGAUCUCUGCUGUUCUAGAUAAUCUCAUCCAGAAACUGGGAGACCAGAGAGUCUUUGUGCUGUCAGUUUUAGGGCUUCAGAGCUCUGGGAAAUCCACCAUGCUGAAUGCCAUGUUUGGACUCCAGUUUGCCGUCAGUGCUGGCAGGAGAACCAGAGGAGCUUUCAUGCAGCUGGUCAAAGUGUCAGACGAGAUGAAAACACAGAUGAAGAUCGACUAUAUUCUGGUUGUUGAUACUGAGGGUCUUUGUGCUCCAGAACUGUCUGGAAGAUCAACAAGAGAUCAUGACAAUGAACUGGCCACAUUUGUUGUUGGUCUUGGAAAUCUGACAUUGAUCAACAUCUUUUGGAGAAAACCCUUCUGA